AGCAGAUGCAGACCAGACCUAAAGGAGAAGAGAAGUAGGAUGGACGAGUGAAGGAAAAGAGCACACUCUGUGGAAAAUUAAAGAGUGGCUGCUGGUGACGGAGUGGAGUUCAGGAAAUAAUCACAGUCAGACGUCACUGACAUGAUGUGGAAAACAACUGUCCUCCUGCUUCUGUUUCAUCUGCUCUCCUCCACAGUAUGUAUGAUAUAUUGCAUUCAAAAGUGUUUUAACCUUUUUUCCAGCCAUCUGUCCUAUCUCUUAAAUAUGUGACACACAAAAUAAUAAUUGUCCAAAUGAGAGUAUAAAAAAUUUGAUUUUAGAAGAAUCCAGGUAGGUUUUAGGAAAUUUGAGGAAAAUAGAAGAAACUGAAAUAGCUGCAAAAGACUUUGCUCUGCAAAAUGCUGAUGCAAUCAAAGAUGAGAGGGUUCAACAUUCUGCAUCAGCUUUAAUGUUUCAUUUUCUAUUAUUAUCUUGAUGUGUACAAACAGGCUUGAUAAAAUACUUGGGUCCUUUUUGAAAUAUUCUUUAAAAUGAAAAAUGCACUUAAACUCAUUAUGACUCAAAGCAGUUAGGCAUCUAAUGUGCCUAAGCUGAGAGUAAGAAUCACGCCAAAACUAAACUUCACAGGGAAAUUAAUACUUGGACAUUGAGCAGUGUGAUAGGAACUUCAGAGGCCAUGUUUGAUGUUUUUCUUAAGUAUCUUGUUUUAAUAGUUUGACCCAAGUCCCAUCUGUUAAGAUGGAGAAGGGUGAGAUGUAUCACCUAUACUGAAGCCAGUCAGCAGGAAGAAAAGCUCCAACUGUUUUGCCUCACCUCCGUGGACCUCUCUCACUGCAUUUCUCUGUCAAUUGCCAGGGUACAGAGAACAGCAAGCAUUUAAAUCAAUCAGAAAUCAAUGAAGAGCUCUCUGACGCUCCUGUCAAAAGCCAGAAACCACCAGGAGGGGCCAAAGGUUGGGACUCAUGCACCAUCCCAUGUGACAUCACUGUCAAGCUGCUGCGAGAUGAGAAACAUUCAAUCUGUGGUAAAAUAAAUAAAUAAAUAAUAAUAAUAAUAAUAAUAAAAGUCCUAUUAUUUUUUAUGGUGCAAAGUGUGUGUGUGUGUAUGUGUAUGUGUGUGUUUGUAUUUCUAUCUAUGUGAGGACCAUGUCAUCAUGACAUACCAGUGUUUUGAGGACAUUUUGGCUCGUCUUCAAAACGUACAGUUAGGUGACUGUUUAAGUAAUUACCUGGUUUUAAAGUUAAGGUAUGGCAACAGGCAAGGCUAAAAAGGGGCUAAGUUGACGACUCCACUAGUGUUAAAAACAAGUCUGUGUGUGUGUGUGUAUGUAGGCCAGUUACAGCAGUCUCUGUUGGCAUUUGGACGUAGCACCAGGAAGCUGAUGAGGGAUGUGAUGGAGGAGCAGCAGAAAGCUCUGGACAUCCUCAGCACCCAGGUAAAGUGGAGACUUCUCCUCCUCUCCCAGCAACACAGUUUCCAACCCGCUGGCUAUAUGUGAAGCAAUGUCAUUUUUUCCAGGUAACAGAGCUGAUGACCAAAGUGCAGGCGCUAAGCUUUGAAGUUCAGAGAAGCAAUACAGAGAUGUACUCCGUCAAACCUGUGCAAUCCCAUGGUAACUCACACUUAAUUCUGCUACCAGAUAAACAUUGUUCUGUAUCAAACAACUGUAGACAUACUGAUCCACUGAGGUAGAGGUCAAGUUAAAAUCAAGUCAGAUAUAUGAUUGUUUUUCUUGAUGACUUCUGAGUAAUAAUCUUCUUCAACCAGUGAAGUUGCCUCCUGCAGGCCAUGGAGAAAAGUGCAGCUUUAAGGCACCUGUACUUAUCAGAUCUGGGAACAAUAACUUCCCAUCUUAGUCUGUUUUUCAGCAAAAGUCAAAUGAAAUUUGUAGUAAGGGUAAUAUUGAAUACAGUGCAUUUGAGGCUUGUCUAGCACAAUGACAAAAGAAUACUUGAGAAAAAAAGAGACAGAAAAUUGUUUUCCCUUUUUUCCUAGGAUGGGUCAGGAUUCACGUGUAUAUUGUGCCAUAUAUUGUUGAUGAAAACCAAAAUAUGUUUGCUUUGACCAGGAAGAGACUGCAGUGAUAUCAAGGAAAGUCUCAUGACAGUUGUCCCAAAGAUCCCCAGUGGCAUCUAUAUCGUCCACCCAGAAAACACAGACUCCUCAUUUGAGGUAUAAAAUCAAUCCUCUGAUUCCUGUCAGUCACUCAAUAAUCAGUCAGUAAUUUAAAAAAGUGUGCUGCAGGUCUUCUGUGAGAUGGAUUACAUGGGAGGUGGAUGGACGGUGAUACAGCGCAGGACCGAUGGACUGACUGACUUUAAACGACCCUGGGCUGAUUACGCAAAUGGCUUUGGAAACCUUGCAGGUUGUUCAAAUGUAAAACAGUGUCAGUAGCAACGACAAUGUUAGUAUUUAGUUUUAAACCUGGAUUUUAAGAUGAUAUUUAAAAGAGCACAUUAUCAGACAGAGAGUUCCCUGAGCUGCUGAGGCUCCAUCACCUCUUUUGAUCAGUCAAGAUAAAUCUAGGUUUAUUUACUGAUUUGUAACAAUAAUUGAAACGUAAUGACAUAGUCAAUUAAAGGUAUCUUAUUCAAAGGGCUCUCAUACCAUUCAUCAUGGUAACAGCGGUAUCUCUCCUCUUUUGAGUUUAGGAGAACACUGGUUAGGCCUGAAGAAAGUGUUUCAUUUAGUAAACCAGAAAGAUACUCGGUUCCAGCUCCACAUCGCCCUGGUCUCCAGUGAUGACGUCACCUCUUAUGCAGCGUAUGAUGACUUUUAUUUGGACAAUGAAACCCAGUUCUUCUGUAUACACCUGGGCAGAUAUGCAGGCAGUGCAGGUAAGACACAGAAGUUUACCCCAUUUUCUUUAGACACAGUGCUGGGGACAAAUUACUCUACGUCUUUGUGUGUCUCUGUCCAGGUGACGCCUUUCGAGGCUACGAGCAGGAGCAGAACCAGGACACAGCUCCAUUCAGUGCCUCAGAUGUGGACAACGACGGCUGCAAUCCUUUUUGCUCCAUCGAGAAUCGUACAGUCGAGAGCUGCAGCACGCAGCAAAACCACACUGGGUGGUGGUUUAACCAGUGCGGCCUGGCAAACCUCAACGGCUCUCCUGAAGAUGCAGAGCUGAACCGGGACCAAAGGAUGCACAUCCUAUGGGACACCUGGAGACAGAACGGGAUCCCUCACACGAUUAAAGCUGUCACCAUGAAAAUUAGGAGGAUUGCGACAAAUAACUGAGAGUAGGCGGUGAAAGAGGACAAGAGAAUAAAGAAAAAGCACAGUUUGUAUAAGUCGCGGUGCAUCUUUGUACAACUUGGAGUUUUAAUCAAACUUGACAUAAAGUUGGGAGAAAGUUGGGAAAAAAGAUACCUGUCAUUAUAAUUCAGUCUAUCAGAGAAACAUAUCAACAGCAAAAUACCAUCAAAAACAUCACAAUCUAGUCAGUCACAAAUCCCCCCUUUGUGGUGUGAAAUUAAAAGCAUGUCUAUCAAAUGUUUUGCAGUAGUAGUUCUUCACUUUGGUUUAUUAUCAUUGUGUAAUUUGCUUUUUUUAAUGCUUCAGAUAAAAAGCUUAAGAUUGAGACAUCUACAAAUUGUAAGAUACUGUGGCCUGUUGUUUCCAGUCUUUCUCUUGUUGGAGAUACAGUGAAUAUGAACUGGCAGAAAGAUCAGGACAGGUGGUGACUGUGUCUCUGAGUUGAAUGAAGUACCAACACAGUCCACUAGACGGUGCUAUAAGUUUCAUUAAACUUUAACAUGCUAUCGACAGUAACCUUCUCCACUGUAAGUGUGAAAGUGUGUGUUACUCUUCUAAAGCACUUCUAUGCUUAUUAUGACAUAUUAAUUUAAUCUUAAUUGGAAUAACUCUGUCUAUAUAUUCUAUGAUGAAGAUUUUCUUUCUAAUGUGUCCCCGAACUUUCACUUUCUUGAUGAAACUUUUUGGGUUUGUGCUGCUAUGACAAGAAGAGAAACUCAGGGUCUCCACAGUGGUGACAACUGUCAGGUUGUAAGUGUAACUAGUAACCUUACUAGGUAUUGAUCGCUAUAAUAAAUACGGUACAAGUAGAAACAUAUGCAUAACACAAGCACAGUGAUGAAUUUAUUACAGGACUUUUAUGACUUCCACAUUAGCAUGUCAGCACAUGAUUUUGAUCAUGUGAUGAUUUUGAACCAGUUUAUACGCAACAAAAGGAGUUUGUUAUGCUCAAGGGUCAACUGGGCUUCUGUACCUAGUUCACACCAAAGACUGCAAAAACAAAAAUUAACAUUACUCUAUUAUGUAACUUACUGGUUUAGCUCAGCAUCAAGGCUGUAGCCAUGCUGUUUUUUUAUGAGCCAGAGGUGGUCAUGUUAAGGCAAAUGGAUGGGGCAGCAAACUAAUUACAGAUGGGCUAGUUUUAAUUUGAGGCCCAAUGAGGACCGGACUGAAAACAGUACCUGUAAUGUAGUGGUACAGGAUUAGGCUAAAGGUGGGCCACUUUUAUGCCUGCAGCAUGUCGUGGUCAUUGCUCUUAAAUUUGAAUAUAUAUAUAUAUAUGUAUGUAUAUAUCGAUUUUUGAGCAAAAAAAAAAUGAUUUAAAAAUUGUAAAACAAAAAA